AUUUCCUUUUGGUUUUGUAACCAGCCGCCGCCACUUGCACCUCGAAUUUUUAUCUUUUCUUUGAAAAAUAAAUUGAAAAUGACACUUAUUACAUCGAAUUUGAAACGUUCUUCCAUUCUACUUAGAUAUUCACAGUGUCUUAGUAAACGAAGCUAUUCUGUUGCUGCCUCCGGUCAAGAGGUGCUAGUUGAACGCUUAGAAGGUGAUCAGAAGGGUGUUACAGUUUUGGGUUUGAAUCGUCCAGAAGCAAAAAAUGCCUUCAGCCGUGGCCUAGUGCAAACAUUUUCCAAUAUACUGAACGAAAUAAAACGUGACAAUUCUUCCCGUGUCGUUGUUUUAAGAAGUCUAACUCCAGGUAUAUUUUGCGCUGGCGCCGACUUAAAGGAACGCAAAGGCAUGUCGGAGGAUGAAGUUAAGGAAUUUGUUACCGGAUUACGCCAGUUAUUAAUAUCUAUUGAGCAAUUACCCAUGCCUGUGAUAGCUGCAUUAGAUGGUGCUGCUUUGGGUGGUGGUCUGGAAAUGGCUCUGGCAUGUGAUAUGCGCACAGCUGCUCAAAAUACCAAAAUGGGUUUGGUAGAGACAAAAUUGGCCAUCAUACCAGGAGCAGGUGGUACUCAACGUUUACCACGUAUUUUGUCUCCCUCAUUAGCUAAAGAACUUAUAUUUACGGCACGCGUUUUCAAUGGCGAAGAGGCCAAAGAAAUGGGAAUUGUUAAUCACGUCGUGCCACAAAAUGAAACCAAAGACGCUGCUUUCCGUAAGGCAUUAACCAUAGCAGAGGAAAUUUUGCCCAAUGGUCCAGUUGGCGUACGCAUGGCUAAACUAGCCAUUGACAAGGGCAUGCAGGUGGAUUUAAGUACCGGAUAUUCCAUUGAAGAAGUAUGUUACGCCCAAGUCAUACCCACCAAAGAUCGUAUGGAAGGUUUAAAGGCAUUUGCUGAAAAACGCAAGCCGGUUUACAAAGGCGAAUAAGUAGUAUAAUCGCGCAAGUUAUACAGUGCAUGAUAGAAAAUGUUAACUAUUAUGUAUCAACCAAUUUUUUAAGUGCAUUUAUUAAUUUUAAUAUUUAGAGUAGAUCUAACGAAAAAAAGUUUACGAUUCUUUCAAGGCAAUUUUGUUUCUUUUUUCUUUGUUUUUGACGAAUAAAUUUGUUAAAAAUGUUUUAA